UCAUAAAGAUAGUUGUUUGGAAAAGAUAGAAAAGGGUGAGCUGAUAGUCGACCAUCUAUCAUCUUCUGGAGGCCAGGUACACACUCUUGGCACUUGGAAAUUCGAUCAGAUUGAUGCUAGGAGAGCUUUAGCGGAGAUGAUUAUCAUAGAUAAAUUACCAUUUAGGUAUGUUGAACAUGAAGGGUUCAAACGGUUUAUGGCUCGUGUUUGUCCAAUGUUUGUGUUACCUAGCCGUCAGACCGUUAGAGAGGAUUGUAUCAAGGUGUUCUUUGAAAAUAGAGAGUUGCUGAAGGACUAUUUCAAGAUAAGUGUUUAGGGAUGGUAUCGCUCACAACUGAUACUUGGACUUCUUUGUCCAAUCUCAAUUAUAUGUGCAUUACUGCUCAUUUCAUUGGUAGAGAUUGGAAAUUGCAUAAAAGAAUUAUUAACUUUGUCCAAGUUACAAAACAUUCUGGAAGUGAAAUUGGAAAACAGUUGGCUAGUUGUUUGGUGGAGUGGGGGCAUUAGGAAGGUGUUUUGUAUAACAAUGGACAAUGCUAGUGUCAAUGAUGUGGUUGCUAUCCAUAUGAAGGAACAGUUGAAAGAGUGGGGAUCAGAUAUUUUGGAUGGAAAGUAUCUGCAGAUGAGGUGUGUGGCUCACAUUAUUAAUUUGGCUGUGAAGGAUGGGCUUAAAGAAACUGGUAAAUCUGUGGAGCGAGUGAGAGAGUCUGUGAAGUGGGUUAAAUCUACACCAGCUAGGAGCAGAAAAUUCAAAGAUUGCAUUGCUUUUGAAAAGAUAGUGUCGACGAAAUUUGUUUCGUUGGAUGUAGCUACAAGGUGGAACUCAACGUAUCUGAUGUUGGAAUAUGCAAAGCCAUUUGAGAAAGCAUUUCAGACAUUAGCUAGAAAUGAUAAGAAAUUCAAGAAACAUCUCAAUGAAAAAAAUAUGGAAUGGAAAACCUUGGUAUCACAACUUCUGAUGAUUGGUCUAGUGUGGUCAGGUUGAUUGAUUACCUGAAGCUAUUCUAUGAUUUGAUUGUUCGAAUUUCUGGGACUUCAUAUGUGACUUUACACCUCUUGUUUGAUGAGGUAUGUGAAAUGUAUACUAUGAUAUCUGACUGGGCUGAUAGUAUAGAUUUUGAGGUGUCUUGCAUGGCUGAGAGAAUCAAGUCCAAACUUGCCAAGUAUUGGUUUGAAGAUGAGUUUGAGAAUUCCAAGAUGAAUCGGUUGUGUUAUAUGGCAGUCAUAUUAGAUCCUAGGCGGAAAGUUGAAUAUCUUGAACAAGCUUUGAAGAAGGUAUAUGGUGAGAGCAGGGGUAAAGCUUUGGUCGAAGAGGUGAAAGAUGAAAUGCGUCUUCUGUUUGACCAUUACAAGCAUAGGCUCGGACUUCCUGGGAUUUCUCCCAUUGUGAUUCAGGAAGAUGUGCAAGAACCUAGUGGAAGUGGGGAUGGGAAGAAGAAAGGGAAGAUUUGGGGUGAUUUUAGGAAAAUGAAAAGAGAGGCUAUUCUGAAAGGAACUAGAAAAAGUUCCAAAUCUGAGUUUGAUAGGUACCUUGAGGAGGAGGAGGAUGAUGAUGAAGUUGUUACACGAGCAUUGGUGGGUUCAGAAGAGGAUGAAUACAAGUUUGACAUCUUGGGAUGGUGGUCGCGAAGUGGGAUGAAAUCUCCUACUAUUUCUGAGAUGGCUAGGGAUAUUCUUGCUGUUCCUAUUUCCAUUGUUGCUUCUGAGUCGGCAUUCAGCACAGGAGGUCGAGUUUUAGAUUCGUUUAGGACCUCCUUAUCCCCUGAAGUUGUGGAGGCUUUGAUUUGUUGUGAAGAUUGGAUAAGAUCUUCAGACUCCGAGUUGGUGGCUGAUGCAGAAGAUGAGGGUGAUGAAGUGGUAUUUCAAAAGGUAUAUGCAGCUUUUCAAGCUCGGAGUGCAAGUGCACCUGCAGGACCUAGUGGAAGCUCUCGUGCAGGGCCUAGUGGAAGCUCUCCUGCUACCCAUGUUUUGGUCCCGAGUCCUACUAUGUCACAAGUGGAAGAAGACUGUCGACGACAAUUCUGAUGAGAAUGAUGAGACUUAUGUAGAUGUAGAGCCUGAUGAGGAGUGAUAAUGGUAGCAAUGUUUAUCUUGUAUGGUGGAUGGAUUUUUAUUUUACUUGGAUGUUAUCAUUUGAGAAUUGUAAAACUAAUGUGUUUAAUUACGAGUUGAAGAUAAUCUCAUCUAUGAUUGUCGGUAUUUUAUGUUGAACAAAAUUAUUUAUAAUUUUGCGCCAAACACCAAAUAUUUUUUUGCAUAUGAUAGU